CCGCCUGCAGAGAAACUGCUCUACUUUUGAAACAACUGCCGCUGUUCUCGACCUACUAAACGCUGCCGCCAUGCCGAGUAUGCGUGGAAAAGUUGCACUCAUCACUGGUGCAUCUUCUGGAAUCGGCGAGGCCACGGCUUUGCACUUCGCCAGACUAGGCUGCUCGCUUUCGAUCACCGCGAGGAACGCGGCUGCUUUGGACAGGGUGGCUGAACAGUGCAAGGCAAACGGCGCUCCUGGAGUGGAAGUACUCGUUACCACGGCAGACAUUCGGAAUACAGAAGCCGUUUCUGCCAUUAUUAAAGAAACAGCAGAGCACUUCGGAAGAAUUGAUAUUGUGGUCAACUGUGCUGGCUCAGCGCCAAUCGCUCGGGUAGGAAACAUUCCGCUCGAGGAAUUUGAUGCCAGUAUUAACACAAAUCUGCGCUCCGUGUUCCACAUAACGCAGGAAGUACUGCCCUACCUCAAAAAGACAAAAGAAUCAGUGUCUUGA